AUGCCUGGCAUCUUCUCCCGUCGCAAGAAGGACGCCAAGUCCAAGAAGAACGGACUUGACGACGCAGAUUUGCUUCCGCUGAAGAAGAAAUGGGACGAUGCUUGGACCCGCAAGACGGUUGAGCCUGAGGAGGUUCGAGAGCUUCUGCACGGCUGCUGUGAAGAGCUCAAGUCUCGGGGACUCGACCAUCCCUUCUUCCUGCUUCCUUUCCGACCGACAUCGAAUCCCAGUGCCGUCCGCACGUUCAUCCGAAACUUUUUCAGCCAAGACCCUCCGAUUAGCGGGGAGAUGCUGCUCCAGGAGCUGCGCAUGACAGAGCCCAUGGUCAUCUCGGGCGUGGUAAAAUGGUGCUGGAGUCGUCUUCACGGAGGCCUCAUUGGCUGGGAUGCGUAUGAAUUGUUCAAGGUUGGAGAACGAGACUCCAACAUGGCCCGCGAUUCGUUCAAGACGUUCAUCCCUCUCAGCGUGGAAAAUGCUGCGCGCCAACAGAUAAUCUUCGAUUUCUUUAGCCUGAUAGCGGCAGUGGCUGCCCAUGGCAAGAACAACGGCUUUGGUGGGCGCAAGCUGUCUCGUAUGGCCUCGUGGUGGGCCUUUGAUCACAACGACACUGGCAACGGUUUCGACGGCAGUUAUGGGGCGUGGCUCAGUGCUGCCGAUGCCACCAGUCAUCUCUUUUUCGCUUAUCUGAGGUCGCUUUCCCCUGAGCAAAACCCCACAGGAAUCACCAUGCUGCCCAGGUCCCUUCAGAAGCUGCUUCAGGAAACCGAGUAUCCACCACAGAGGCCGGAAUUGCUUCUGGUCAAGACCAAAAAAGUGGUCAUGAUUGUUGACACAGUUUCCCCAACCCCGUUUGCCUUGUUGCGCAGAGCGAACCACUUUCAAUAUCGUGACUCUGAUAGCGAGCUCCAGGAAUUUUCCAGCUACGAAGACCCAGUGCAGGCACUAACAGACGAAUGCCAGCGAGUUCUCAAGGCAAUUUCAUCAGCUAAUCAGUCGCAAGCGUCGAGCGCAAAGGUUUCUACGAGCUUACGAGAUGCCUCUUGGUCUCGUUUCGAAGAUAUUGGAUUCGCCAGCUCCCUGGAGGAGGAAGACGACGAUGAAGGAAGCGUUGUGCCAAAGAGAACGCAACAGCUCAAACAGUUCCAGGGGCUCCGCAACAGCCCGCUAUCUGGCGGUAACGGGCUGGCACGCCCAACUACGCCUUCGUGGGCGGACUUCUUGUCAGCCGGUUUUGUCGACGACAACCAGUCAAGGCCCAACUACCUUUUGCCUCCCGAUAAAAUUCUCCCGCCACUGUCGCCGGAUGGCCGUCAACUUAGUUCGCAAUCUCAUCAACCAAGGCUCGAGAGCGAAAGGGACGUUGAGCCGGGAGAGCUCGCCAGCAUUAGGGUUAUCGACCUGGAUGACGCUUUCUGGUGGGUGUGGAUGACCAGUCUUGCGCCAGAAGAGACCCCUGAACGCAAGUCUGCUUUUGGCAGAUGCGCUGUUGUUGAGACUUCGAUCCGUGGUUGCCGCUGGCUUGUUGUGGAGGAGAUGAUUGCGGGGGCGGCCCCGGAUGCUCAAGAAGGGGCCUACAUUGCCGAAAAGAAGGGAUUGUUCUCGUGGACGAAACGGUCCAAAACCGUCUCUCGACGCAAGAAGUCUCUCGACAAGAAUGACAAGACUGCAACGGCCAACGCCAACGACAGCAAGGCCAGCAUUGGCCCAGAUGCUCAUGCCAGAGUCCAGGCAAAGGCUGCCCAACUGAGGGCUCAGCAGGACCGAGAGGAGAACCGCCCACCGCCCGUUGUUCGCCGGGGCCGUACUGACGCCGAGUUGCUCGCUGAAAAGACUAAUAGUGUUAUGACCCUUCAGCCCAAUAUUCUGGGUGAGGCCUCCUCCGCUAUGAAGUGGGUUAAGAAGUACGACAAGGGCACCAUUAAGGAUAUGUACAUGGCCAACGAGAGCGCUGGUCGAGGAACAACUGUUUCCGAACCCAUCGAAAACCAUGAAACCUCCGGUGACAGCCUUCCCUCGCCUGCAGUGCCUCCAAAGGACAGUCUUUUGACACCGGCCGCUUCGCCCUUACCCCAUGGACACUCUGCUUUGUCAUUGGUCCCUGAGAAUGUCUUGGAAGAGGCGCGCUCUCGCUCUCCUCUUCCAGAAAAGGCUGAAACUCCUGUGCCUGCUGCUCCUGAGCAAGCAAAGGCGGAGCCCAGCCUGCCAACACCGCCCAAAGAAGAGCCCGCUGUUCGGGUUACGUCGCCUACCUUUAAUGGCAAACCCACAUCUUUCGAAGCCCCACGGAGCCCCGAGCCCACAAAACAACAAAAGGGUGGCUUCCUGAAGCUGUUUGGCCGCAAGAAGCGCACCUCCAAGAACCUGGAAGCUGUUACGACUGAUCUGAACAAGAUGCUCGAGCAGAAUGCUAAGAAGUCUAUCGAGAAGCCGAUGGCUAGUCCUGCUGUUGUCUCCCCGAUUGAGCAAGAGCCAGACACGCCAGUGGAUGGAGAGCCGAUUUACGAGCCGAUUUACGACCAGCCGGCCGACGAUGACGCCGAACACGCUGAUGCCCCUCAUGAACCAGAACCUGAUCACGAUUUCUCGAGAUUUGAUCAAGGCCCCCUGGAUGACGUACCAGCGUUUGUCCCUGAAGAUGAUGAGGAUGAAUUCGAAGAUGCAGUGCCAGCACCGAUUCCUCGUCCUGGCCGCCAGGAACCCCCCAAGUUCCCUUCAAAGCUGCCUGUGAAAGAAGGAAUCGCUCCUACUCCUGUGAACGAAGGACUCGCUCCUGGCAUCAGCCCCGGCAUUCAGGACCGCUUCGCCCAGCUCCGCAAGAAUGCGGCUGAGCGAACCGCAAACCGCCCGGAUGACUUCCCCAAGCCCACCAAGACAACUGAGGGUGAAGAUGGAGAGGAGACAAUCGAGUCUCGCGUCGCACGCAUCAAGGCCCGAGUCGCCGAGCUCACAGGCAACAUGGAGGGCACAUCGGUGCCU